AUGGUAUAUUGUGGUUGUAUCGUUGUUGAUCGUCGUAUUUAGAGCAUUUAGAGAACAGCUUUAUUUUGAUCGAAAUUGUAUAACAACACACGUGAGGAACGUACAGCAGGCAUGGCAGCUGUCGCAGCUGCGAAAGUACAAGAAGUUCGCGAAACCACGAGAAUCGAGAGAAUCGGUGCUCAUUCGCACAUUAGAGGUUUGGGACUAGAUGACUGCCUGGAACCUCGACAUGUAUCCCAAGGCAUGGUUGGUCAGCUUAUGGCUCGCAAGGCUGCUGGUGUUGUCCUGGAAAUGAUCAAGGAUGGCAAGAUAGCUGGUAGAGCUAUCUUGCUGGCAGGACAACCUGGCACUGGCAAAACUGCCAUUGCGAUGGGAAUGGCACAAGCUCUAGGAAUGGAUACUCCUUUCACUUCCAUGGCAGGAUCCGAGAUCUAUUCUUUGGAAAUGAGCAAAACAGAAGCUCUGACUCAAGCUAUUAGGAAGUCGAUAGGUAUUAGAAUUAAGGAAGAAACGGAAAUUAUUGAGGGAGAAGUAGUAGAGAUUCAAGUGGACAGACCAGCCACGGGUGUCGGCGCCAAAGUCGGUAAACUAACGUUGAAAACGACGGAGAUGGAAACGAUCUAUGAUUUAGGAAACAAAAUGAUCGACAGUUUGAUGAAAGAAAAAGUACAAGCCGGAGACGUGAUAACGAUCGACAAAGCUACCGGGAAAAUAAACAAACUGGGAAGAUCGUUUACCAGAGCUCGGGACUACGACGCCACUGGCUCGCAGACUCGUUUCGUACAAUGCCCCGAAGGAGAAUUACAAAAGCGCAAAGAAGUCGUGCACACUGUGACCCUGCAUGAAGUCGACGUAAUAAAUAGUAGAACGCACGGAUUCCUAGCACUGUUCUCCGGGGAUACAGGAGAAAUUAAAUCUGAGAUACGAGAUCAAAUAAACGCGAAAGUUGCCGAAUGGCGCGAGGAGGGAAAAGCAGAGAUCGUGCCUGGGGUUCUGUUCAUCGAUGAAGUCCACAUGCUCGACAUCGAAUGUUUCUCGUUCCUGAAUCGUGCACUCGAAAACGAAAUGGCACCUGUGGUCAUCAUGGCUACGAACAGAGGCAUUACAAGAAUCAGAGGAACGAAUUAUAAAAGCCCUCAUGGUAUACCGAUAGAUCUAUUAGAUCGUAUGAUCAUCGUGCCAACGAGUCCGUAUCAGGAGAAAGAGUUGAAAGAAAUAUUAAAAAUAAGAUGUGAGGAAGAAGAUUGCGAAAUCGCAGACGACGCAUUAACUGUUCUUACCCGAAUCGCGCUGGAGACAUCGUUGAGAUACGCUAUUCAAUUGAUCACAACAGCUUCCCUUGUUAGUCGACGAAGGAAGAGCAUGGAAGUGAGCAUCGAUGACGUGAAACGCGUUUACUCGUUGUUCCUGGACGAAAAUAGGUCGACUCAGUUCCUUAAGGAAUACCAGAAUGAUUUUAUGUUCAAUGAAAUGCGUAAGUAUAUUUUUAUCUCGCUUUCUUUUACCGUGUACUAACCUUGUGCUCUCACUGUUCCAGCGGAAGAAUCGAUGGAGAUAUCGUAACGACAAGUACAUAAAUAGUGCGCUUAAACUUGAACGUUGUUCAAUAAAGAUUUAUCAUUUUCCUA